GAUUCUGGAUCAGUCGGCGAUGUGCAUGAAAUGGGGUAGAUAUUAAGGUUGAAUAACCUAUUCAGACAACGGCUUGGUACCUGUAUGGAUAAAAGAAAGGUUGUACCAACGCUUACAGCUGAAAUUUUCCACUUGCAAGCAUAUCAUUUGUGGAUACGAGUACUUUGACGUAAAUCUAACCUUACCUACAUUGAUUAUUUUUCUAUUUUGUAACGGACUUCGUCAAAAGUCCCAAACUGAGUUGUGAAGGAUUUUUAAUAUUGUAAAUUGAAACGAUUUGUGCCAGAACAUGUGCCAAAAAUAGCUGCGGAAUGGGAAAUUCGGUUCGCAAGGGCAUUGCGGUAUUUGUGGACCAGAGCCGAAUCAAAAGCGUGCAGAACUCCGCACUAGGUGCGGAGGGUCCGAAGGCUUCGGCCGGGCGACUUUCGGAAGAAGCUGUGGCUGGACCUCAGCCGCAGCUGAAAGAUGGCAGAGAGGCUGUGGAGGGCUAUCUCUGCAAGGGCGGCGUGGUCAUCUUCACCGCGACAACCUGCUCACGAUAUGCCCAGGUGAGCGAGGCUCUCACACUGGCUGGUACCUCCUACUUCACUGUGCAGCUGGAUCAAAGAGGGGACAAACAGGAAGUCCAGCAUGCCCUGUGGCAGCUCACACAGCAAAGAUCACUGCCCGCAGUGUUUGUGAACAAGAGCUACUUCGGAGAUGCAGAAAAAAUAUUCCAGAUGCACAGGGACGGGACGCUGAUGGGGCUCCUUAGGACAGAGCUGGGAAGUCUCUCUGAAGACGGGUACGACUACGACCUGGUGGUGAUUGGUGGUGGAUCUGGAGGCCUGGCUGCAGCCAAGGAAGCUGCCAGCUUUGCCAAGAAGGUCCUCGUCCUUGACCUCGUGACCCCUUCUCCUAAAGGAACCACAUGGGGACUUGGUGGCACCUGUGUGAACGUGGGCUGCAUUCCCAAAAAGCUAAUGCAUCAAGCUGCCCUGCUGGGCCAGGCGGUGCAGGAUUCCCGCAGGUUUGGCUGGGAGUUCGAACAACAGGUGUCACACUGCUGGAGCUGCAUGACUGCGGCCGUCCAGAAGCGCAUAAAGGCCCUGAACUUCAGCUGCCGCCAAGAGCUGCGGGACGGCAAGGUGGCAUACCUGAACGCGUUCGGGGAGCUGGUGACCCCGCAUGUUGUCAAGGCGACAGACGCACAAGGGAAGGAGACUUGCCACUCAGCCUCCGUGUUUAUUAUCGCCACUGGAGAACGACCUCGAUACCCAGGCGUCCCCGGAGACCGUGAGUUCUGCAUCACCAGUGAUGACCUUUUCUCACUGCACCACUGCCCGGGGCACACACUGGUGGUGGGGGCAUCCUAUGUCGGCUUGGAGUGCGCCGGGUUCCUGGCCGGACUGGGCCUGCAGGUCACUGUCAUGGUGCGCUCCGUGCUGCUGCGGGGCUUCGAGGAGUACAUGGUCCUCCACGGAGUCCAGUUCCUGCGGCCUUUUGUUCCCACCAAGAUCGAGCAGAUCCAAGAUGGCCGUCCGGGGAAGCUAAGAGUGACGGCCGUCUCGAACGAUGGAAAGGAGACAUAUGAAGGAGAGUUCAACACUGUGCUGCUGGCUAUCGGACGGGACGCCUGUACCAGGAACAUCGGCCUCGACCGCAUCGGAGUGAAGUACAAUCAGCAGACCGGCAAGAUCCCGGUGGACGAGGACGAGCGGACCAGCGUGGGUCACGUAUUCGCCAUCGGGGACGUGCAGGAGGGCCGGCUGGAGCUGACGCCGGUGGCCAUUCAGGCGGGCCGGCUGCUGGCACGGAGGCUCUAUGGGGGGCGGAGCACCAAGUGUGACUACGCAAACGUGCCCACCGCGGUCUUCACCCCGUUGGAAUACGGGGCCUGCGGCCUGUCAGAGGGGGCCGCCAACAAGAAGUACGGACAGGACGACGUCGAGGUGUACCAUACCUCCUACUGCCCACUGGAGUGGGCACUGCCCGGCAGAGAGAAGCACAGCUGCUAUGCGAAAGUCAUCUGCCACACGCCUGACAAUGAGCGGGUCGUAGGCAUUCAUGUCCUGGGCCCCAAUGCAGGGGAGAUCAUCCAGGGCUUCGCUGUGGCCCUCAAGUGUGGUCUGACCAAGGGGCAACUAGACGCCACCAUCGGGAUCCACCCAGUGUGUGCUGAGGUGCUAACCGAUCUGACGAUAACCCAGCGCGCUGACGGCACCGCGGCCGUCCGAGGGGGGUGCUGAGGCUAGCCGCCCUGCAGCGAGCUCACGCCGUGAUCCGGCGAAACGACCGCCGGCAAGGUGGGACAGGUCGCCAUGGAAACGGGUGCCGCAGCAGGGGAGAGAACGAGGUGUCGUUUUUGUCCUCGGCAUGAUAUGUGGAGUAAUGGGCAGCAGUCUGGCUCGCGGCCAGCCAAUGACGUCUCAGCCUGCAGCCUGAUUGACAGGUGGGCGGGGACUGAUGCACUGCUACACCAAUGCUACACUGCUUUGUUUUCUGUUUUAGUUUUGUUUUGUCAUUUUGUUUGUAUUCAUUAUGUUAUGGGGAAGAAUGUGUUUCUCAAGCAGAUACUAGUCUUAGCACAGAUCUGGGUACUCAGUCUGACAAUGCAGACCUAAUUUACCUGUUAGAGUUGUCUUAAUAGGCUAUUUGACUCUCCGCACAGAUUUAAUUUCAGAUAUGUUGAAUUUAGUUCGGUUCAGUGCUUGAAUUCAGCUUGAAGGUGAGAUGUCAUUUAAUAGCUGAUCCAGCAAACAGAUUUUCAGCCAUUAUGGAAAAUAACAGCGAAUGUUUUAUUUACACCUCAAUUUGCAUGUUAAAGUAAAUCAAGUCUAGAGAAGUUUUUAAAAGGCAUGACAGCGAUGUACAUAUUCUUCAAAAAUAAAAUGCUCCAAGAUUAGAAAUGAAAAUUCUUUCUAUUUUUGCUGAAAACAAACUAAAGAGGAGAACUGCUUCUAUGGGAUUGAAGGACUCAGAUGUGCUUUGAAAGAUAUGCAAAUGAAUGUUCCCUUUCUUGGCAAGACUGCGGGCUUUAUGCGAAACCCCAGAU